UAUAUAGUAUUCCGACGGAGAAAACCAUUCAGUGUGUAUUUGGGUUUGGAAAGGACCCCUUCCACUUACUCCUAUGUAGCAAUGUAAACUACAUAUUUAAGUGUAUGAUGAAGGCAAUAAUGGGCAAUUAGGUACAGUGCAUUAUCACAUCAUCUGCACCAUUUUACUGUAUUUUGAUACUUUGCUUCAGCACACAACAAACCGCACCAGCGGGUAUAUAUAAAGAUAGAUAGAUAGAUACAGAUAUCUAGGGUUAAUGUUGUUCUGAGUGAAAUUAACGUUGGCUUGAUCUGCAAUUAAGAGGGCAUAGAUCUUGAAGGGAAUUGCGUGCGCCAUGAGUAGAGGUGAAAGUUCUGGUGGUGGACAGAGCUCUUUGGGGUAUCUAUUUGGGUCAGAAAAAGACCGAAAUGAACCUCAACCCACAAGAACAGCUUCAUUACCACCCUAUGGCGUUGAAAUCGACAACACUGUUAAUCCUCCUAACACCCAACUUGUUGUCACCAACAACAGAUCUCAAGGCCACCACUUGGGAAACAUUGUAACUGAUCGUCCAUCGACAAAAGUCAAAUCGGUUCCCGGUGGUCAUUCAUCGCUUGGAUACUUGUUUGGAGAUAAGUGAUAUUUCAUUCUCCGACAUUGAUUGAUAGUACUGGUGCUAUCUGACAAGGAGAAUCUAUACUUUCUAUUGUAGCUUAUCUGUGUGAGGUUUGAGUGAAUCACCUAUAAUAUGAUUUUAUUAGAAUGUAAAAAGAGAAAAAAAAAAUCAAAUCAAAUCAUGUAAGGGAUUAAAUUUCCCUUUUGUUGCAGGUUAAGUGAAUAAUGUGGGUCAUGCGAGUGAAAAAUAAACCAGUGUGUGCUUUGUCUGCUAGUUUAAUCAGUUUAAAUGGAAUGUUAAAUCUAUUAUUGUUGUGUAGUUGUACUUGAAACGGAUAAGAAACUUUGUAUUCUGUUCUGUGGCUGAUCUUUAGCUAGCAUCCUUAAUCAUGUGUUUAUUUUCAGUUGACCCAGAACUUUUUUAAUUAAGAAAGUUAGAGAUAGAGAAUCAUUCUUCUCAUAGCUUUCCGAUUGAAUACAGACUGGAUUUGCUUCAA